UCAAAUAAAAUCAAGUAAAAUUCAAUUACACCCUCCCUUUCUCUCUCCUCUAUCAUCUGUCUUUCCUCUCAGCUCGGCAUCCAGCUUAUGCAUUUGCAUCCCAAUUUCUUUUACUUCUGCUUAUCUCACUAAAACCCUUUAUCUCCUCCGUCAGUGUCCUACAUCGACUGCAAAAUCCUAAUCAGAAACCUCCGAUAUCCGAGGCAAUGCCGCUCAAAUGGGUUUUGCACUGGCAGCCCAACGCAGGGACGACGGUCAACAGUCAGAUCAUAAACGAAGUCACGCAGUGCGUCGAGAGCAUCAAUGGCGUCAAGGAAGGCAGGUGGAAAGCCACCAUCACCUUCUACAAACCCAUACUGCGAGAGGCCUCUUUAACGGGGGAGGCCGCACGUGAUUUUCUGGGGAUUGCGCUGCCGGAGCAACCCAGUAAGUACUACCUGAUAAUGCGGUUGCAGCGGAUAAUUCUCGAGGCGGAUUCAUCAAUUCAGACGAUUAUGGAGAAGUUACAGUCUUACAAAUCAAGGGUCUCGCUUUAUUUUGAGGGGUUUCAUUAUCAACUCGGGGACUUCCAAUUGAGAGUGGGGAAAGUUAUUCCUACUCAUUCAGAAAAUUUGAGAGGAAUAGUUAUGGAGCUGGAGUACCUUCCCAUUUCUUCGAUGGAAAAAGCGAGGCAAGUCAUGGAAGAGUUCAUGGAUAUUUGGCAGCAGGCUUUGGCGAAAAGAUCAUUGCCAGGACACUUCAUGCAUGUGGAACCAAACUUUUCCGAGUAUGGCCUUGGAGACCAAUAUACUUCACAACAUACUGCUGUCCAGUAUGCUGCCAUUAUGGCUCAACUCAUUGCAACCGUUCAAGCAGUGCAGCAAUCAGCAAGAAAUUAGGAAGCAAGAAAAGUAAUUUGAUGUAUGUCAUGUCACUUGUCAACUAGUUUGAUGAACGGAUGAUUCCAAUGCCAUAUGUUCUUAGCACUGGCACUCCUGUUUGAAUAUAAGAGUUUGGGGAGGAAUGAAGUAUGCGGGUUCGAUUGUCCAUGGAAGACAAGAAAUCAAAUGGUAGUAUCUUGAGAACCUUUUCGAUCACCUUGUUAAUUAGGGUUUGGAGUAACGCUGUUUUUCCGUUUAUUUUCUGUGCUCAUUUCGACAUGAUCAUAUUUCCACA